AUUUAUAUAUGAAGUGGGACCCACGAACCCACGAAGCGCCAAUUCUACAAAACGAAGAGAGUUGAAGAGAGCUGUUUAGAGGACGAGGACCAACUCAUUGUCAGCACUAUCAGCCACCCACUGCUUCUCUCCUCAUCCAGAGCGCAGGAAUGACUCCUCUUCUGUAUGGAAACCCAAAUUGCAACAUUUUAUACAAACUUGGGGGUAUUUCUUAUGUGGGUAUUUCAACAACUAUUCCAUUAUUGCAAUUGGGAGCAGGAAAUUAUCAUGGUUACAUGGCAGGAAUGCAUAUUUCACAAAGCUUGAACAGAAGGGAGACAUUUUCUUUUCCAAGAAAAGAAUCCAACAGUUUGAUAUCAAAGAAAGUUAACUUUAUUACUCCUAGAAGUGGCAGUUCCUCAGAUUCCAGUAGCAAUGAAAAUGAUUCCUCUGAUCAAGGCAAGACACCCUUUGGAUACAACAGGAAAGAUGUUUUACUGAUAGGACUUGGAGUUACUGUUCUUGGAAUUGGCCUAAAGAGUGGACUGGAGUUUGCUGGUGUUGAUCCUUUACAAGCAGGCAAUGUUGUUCAAUUGGUACUGGUUUUGGGUUUAACAGUUGGAUGGAUUUCUACGUAUAUCUUUAGGGUCUCAAACAAGGAAAUGACAUACGCUCAGCAACUACGUGACUAUGAGGACAAAGUUAUGCAGAAGCGGAUAGAGGGUUUGACAGAAGCAGAGUUAGAAGCACUGCUUGAACAAGUUGAGGAAGAGAAGAGACGCCUAGGAAGUGGAGAUAAGAUUAAUUGAAGUUUACUUGCUUUAUCAUUUAAGGUCAGCUCAAUUAAGCCUUAUGUCCAAAAUUUCUGUACAAUAAUCAAGUUUGAUAUCUAUAAUUUUUAGAUAAUCAAUUUACAGAACGUAGUUUUACCUUGUAUGUAGCCCCUCAGAUAUAACGUGCAGAUAAUUUUCUUGCCAUGUGAUUUUUUAGUUGAAAUGCAAAAUCCAGUAACUGCGGACUUCAAUAGUUAACCAGAAA